AUGGUCAAGCAACAGUUGAUGUUUACGGUCGAAGUUCCGGGCUCACCGGAAGUGGCAGGCGAGGGCAAGCCGCGUCGACAUUUUCUUCACGCAGACAAACCGUUCGUUGGAUGCCCUCCCGAAGCUAGCAACCUCCACGAGAACCUGUUGAGAGGCGUCAAGCUAAGCGGUGACUCGCCUUAUUUGGGCAGCCGGCCAGUGACAAAUGGCGUUCCGGGCCCUUACGUUUGGCAAACAUACAAUGAAGUACUCAAGCGAGUCAAGAAUCUCGGGUCCGGCUUUGCCCAUCGCGAUCUAGGAGUGGAUUCCGCCGUGGGUCUGUUUUCGAUUAACCGUCCAGAAUGGAUCAUUGCCGAACACGCCUGCUUCCUCCACAGCUGCAUAACCGUCCCCCUCUACGAUACCUUGGGCGCUGACGCCAUUGAAUUCAUUGUGAAUCAAAGCGAACUUGGACUUGUUGUUGCAACAAAAGACAAAGCAAAGAUCCUUCUCGACAUCAAAGAACGUCUCCCGACCUUGAAACAUCUCGUUAUUAUGGACACACCCGACGAGGAGCUCAUCGCUAAGGGCAAGGGUUUGGACGUUGAGGUUAUUUCUAUCAUUGAUCUGGAGCGGGAGGGAGCCGAGAAGCCAAAAGAGGGAACACUACCGACUAAAGAUACUAUCGCGACGAUUUGCUACACCAGUGGUACUACCGGUCUGCCCAAAGGUGUAAUGCUGUCGCACGAAAACCUGCUAUCUUUCACCGCCGCGACACGAAGCCUAGUCGACAGCAACAGUGUGUGCAACUACAAUAAAGAUGAUUGCUAUAUUUCAUACCUUCCCUUGGCACACGUCUUCGAACGUAUUGUGCAAGUUUGCCUCACUUGGGCUGGGGCGCGCAUUGGAUUCUACCAAGGCGACACCUUGAAGCUUUUGGACGACGUGGCUGAACUGAAGCCGACCAUCUUUGCCUCCGUUCCUCGUCUGUACAACCGAAUCUACGAUAAAGUUCUACAGGGGGUGAAAGCAAAAGGAGGCAUUGGUGCAAUGCUUUUCAAAAAGGCGUUUGCGGCCAAGAAGGCUUACCUUGCUUCAGGCCACACGAAUCACAUGCUUUGGGACAAUCUGGUAUUCAGUAAAGUGCGGGCCAGGCUUGGUGGCAGGGUGAGGCUCAUGCUCACCGGUGCUGCGCCCAUCUCCGCCGACGUCAUGGACUUUUUGCGUAUUUGCUUUUCUGCGAUGGUGAUUGAAGGUUACGGUCAAACUGAAACCAGUGGAGGUGCUUCAGUGACUGAUGGACGUGACUUGUCAUCUGGCCACAUUGGGGGUCCCGCACCCCAUUGCGAAAUCAAGCUCAUCGAUGUACCUGAAAUGGGUUACACCUCAAAGGAUGAGCCUCACCCACGUGGGGAGAUCUGUAUUCGGGGUACAAACGUCUUCAAGGGCUACUACAAGAAUCCGGAAAAGACUGCGGAGACAUUGGACAAGGACGGAUGGUGCCAUACUGGAGAUGUUGGCCGAUGGGAUAGUCAGGGAAGACUGCAAAUCAUUGAUCGCGUCAAAAACAUUUUCAAACUCGCUCAAGGAGAAUACAUUGCACCUGAAAAGAUUGAAUUGGUGUACCAGAAGCACGAAAUUGUUGCGCAGUCGUUCGUAUAUGGUGACAGUUUGCAGGCGACAUUAGUGGCCAUCAUUGUGCCUGACGAAGACGUGAUCAAACAGUGGGUCAUUUCAAAGGGGCUUCCGAGCAAGCCACUCGCCGAGUUGUGCCAAGACCAGGCCGUUCGAAAAGCUGUGCUGAAAGAACUGGAAGACUACGGCCGUGCCGAAGGUCUGAAAGGAUUUGAAAAUGUCAAGAAUAUAUAUCUGGAGCCCAAUCAGUUCACACCUGAGAGUGGGUUAAUGACUCCAACGUUCAAGCUUAAGCGUCAUGAGGCCAAGAAAUACUACCAAAAGCAGAUUGACGAAAUGUACGCGGCGAUAAGCUCCUAG